CGACUAUGUUGUGGUCAGCAGUCCACGCCUCCGCGCUCAGACAGUGUUGAUGGAAACAGAAACAAGAGCUGAACUGUUGAAGAAAUAAAUGAUGUUUUGUUACAAGCCUUCUCCAGCUUAAAUGUGUUUCCAUAAACACAUCAGGACAUUCCACCAAGAGGAUAAGAAAAUGGUAUCCAGAAGGCUUUCCAGUACUCAGCAAACACCAUCUGGUACCCUCCACAUGAACACAUCUUACAGACAAACACAGAAGCCCAGCAACAAGAGAACUUACUGUUGCCUGGAGUGUGGGAAGAGUUCUACUCAACAGAGUGCUCUCAGAAUACACCAGUGCAUUCACACAGGAGGGAAGCCAUAUAAGUGUUCAGAAUGUGGGAAAAGUUUUACUCUACAGAGUACUCUCAAAACACACCAGCGGAUUCACACAGGAGAGAAGCCGUAUCACUGCUCAGAGUGUGGGAAAUGUUUUAAUCAACAGAGUAAUCUCCAACAACACCAACGUAUUCACACAGGGGAGAAGCCAUAUUACUGUUUAGAGUGUGGGAAAAGUUUUAAUCAACAGAGUUCUCUUCAUCGACACCAACUCAUUCACACAGGAGAGAAGCUGUAUCACUGCUCAGAGUGUGGUAAGAGUUUUAAUCGCCAGACUUCUCUCCAACAACACCAGCGCAUUCACACAGGAGAGAAACCAUAUUACUGCUCAGAAUGUGGGAAGAAUUUUAAUCAACAGAGUGCUCUCCAAAAACACCAGCGCAUUCACACAGGAGAAAAGCCAUAUCACUGCUCAGAGUGUGGGAAAAGUUUUAUUCACCAGAAUUCUUUCCAACGACACCAGCUCAUUCAUAGAGGAGAGAAGCCGUAUCACUGUUUAGAGUGUGGGAAGAGUUUUACUCAACAGAUUCAUCUCCAACAACACCAGCUUAUUCACACAGGAGAAAAACAGUAUCACUGCUCAGAGUGUGAUAAGAGUUUUAAUCGACAGAGUAAUCUUCAACAACAUCAGCGCAUUCAUAGAGGAGAAAAACCAUAUCACUGUUCAGAGUGUGGGAAGUGUUUUACUCAACAAAGUACUCUCCACCAACACCAGCGCAUUCACACAGGAGAGAAGCCGUUUCACUGCUCAGAGUGUGGGAAAAGUUUCAGGCAUUCAAGGGCUGUGACCACACACAAGUGUGCUAAGAGCAGCGGAGGAUCUUAACAUUCUGGGAGUGAAAGUCUCCAGGGAAUGGUGCUUCCAGCCCAGAUUUCAAACUGUUUUUAGGGGAAAACCGACAAUUGUUUAAGCUGUUUCUAAAAUUGAGCAUAAAUAUAUGCUUUUCUGUGCUCAACACCAAGUCAAACCUACAGCUUCUAGACACAGUGAGAAUGUGUGGUACAUUACAUUCUCCCCAGAAUUAGUUUCCUUUGUAAUAUAUGUUGAAAACAAUUGAGAAGUUACACAUUCAGUAACCAUUAUUAUUUUCAGAGACUUUUGUUUGGUGGUUGAUGGUAUAGGAGUUGGAACAAGGUAUCCCCAUCAUUGUAGAACUGGGUGAAAGGACGUUUAGGGCGUUGGGCUACCCUGAGAGCGACUCUUGCUGACAUUUUUUAGGAUGUGUAUGAAGGACACAUCUUUGUUUGACUGAACCUCACCAAUGACUCAGUGUUAUGUUCCUAAACUAAUCCAAGUCUGCAUAACAAUAGUUUUGAUUUGUAGUGAUGAAUCAAUAUGUGUGUGGAAUUCUGUUUGUAGUUUCCCUAAUUUACAUAUAAUUUGCAGAAAGGUAUAACUGCUCCCUCUUAGUUUAGCCUGCUUCUUUCUUUCUUUAAGCUUCUUUCUUUUGUUAAGCCUUUGUAUGUGAGGUUAUGUGUGUUUUUGUGUUUCUUCAUUUUUCUCUAUUUUUUAGUCUUUAAAUAAUAUUUCUUUUUUGCGUGUUCCUGUAAACCUGAAAAAAUCCUUGUGAUGAGGCAAACGUGUUGCCCAUCACCAGAGACUAUAUGUAUGUGUGUGUGUGUGUGUGUGUGUGUGUGUAAUACUUACCUGAACACCUACCAGUAAUACUCACCUGUUGUCUGUUUCCUAACACCAGCAGCAAAGGGAGGCAGAGCAGACAGAGCUCACUUAUGAGUGUGCCGGACGGCCCACGGCUAGCUCAUGAGAGGGGUGAUGUCUCUACCUAGGUUACAGAAGACAGAGUGAGAUAGACUAGUAAAUGUGCACAUCU